GGCCCUUCACUUGGAUAUAUUUGUGGAUAACAACCACCCUGUCCUCUUUCUUUCUCUUUCACCCCACUUAGGCCUUCAUCAUUUUUUUUUGUUCUUUUUAUGCCUUUUCCCUAUAAAACCCCAUUCUAAAUAUCUUCCAAAAAUAUCUCUCAACCCUACACUUCUUUUUCUUUUCGCUCUGUUUUUUUGGUUUUCUCAAAAAUGUGCCAUAAGCAUCAAUUCCCUUGUUUGCAUUGCCACCCACAUGACUACAUUAGAAUGGUUCAACAUAUGAUAGAGAGCUGUCUGGUUUUUCAGAUGAGCAAAGAUAAGUGCGUCGAAGCACUUGCUAAGCAUGCCAACAUUGAACCAGUCAUCACCCUAACAGUUUGGGAGGAGUUGCUUAAAGAGAACAAAGCCUUCUUUCAAGAGUAUUUCCAGGCUUUAUCUCCGAGGCAGAGCUCUGUUGAUUGAAGCUCUGCAUGCGGAUGAUUGAUGCAGUUCAGCAGAGAGUUCCCACUCAAAAUAUGACUGCUUUCAGAAGAAGAAAGCAUUGGCAAAGAUUCAAAUAGCAAAAACAUCAUUAUCGAAAGCUCCAUGAAUGAACUUCUAGAUGUAAGACCUUGUUUAGAAAUUUAAUAACUGAGCAGGAACUUGAGAGACCUGAGAUACAGCCUUCAGACUACAAAUUAUAACCGCGUAUAAUAUGCAGGUUUGUUUCUGCUUUUAGGACCUGAUAAAAAUUGUAAGCACGGUACCAGCUAUUUCAAGCAUAUAUCUGUAUGUCAAUCGGAUUCAGGGCCGAGCAUCUUUAGUACAA